CGGGAACAUCCGGCACCGGCACCGGCGGCACCGGCGCACCGGACCCCAAGGAUCCACCAGCAACAAACUGACAUUCCAAGGUGGUGGCUAUGGCUGAGGAGAGCACGGCUACUGACCAUGAGCAGCUCCUGAGGAGGGUGCAGGAGCUGGAAGUGGAGGUGAAGCGGUUGCAGGAGAAGCUCCAGGAGGACAAGGAGGGUGCUGGGAAGAGAGAGGCUCCUCCAGCCCCUGGGAAAGCCAGGAAACGCCAACAACGGCCCUUUGAUUUCGCUGCCCACAGCCGCAGACAUGUGGCACUGCGCAUCGCCUACCUGGGCUGGGGCUACCAGGGCUUUGCCAGCCAGGAGAACACCCCCAACACCAUCGAGGAGAAGCUCUUUGAAGCCCUGAAGAAGACACGGCUGGUGGACGACAGACAGACAUCCAACUACCACCGCUGCGGGCGCACGGACAAGGGUGUCAGCGCCUUCGGGCAGGUGAUCUCCCUGGAUCUCCGCUCCAGCCUGCCAGAGGGGCAGCAGCUCAACGGCCACGGGGGCGAGGGGCAGCAGGAGGAGCUCCGUUACACCCACAUCCUGAACAGGGUGCUGCCGCCCGACAUCCGGGUGCUGGCCUGGGCCCCCGUGGGGCCGGAGUUCAGCGCCCGCUUCAGCUGCCUGAGCCGGACCUACCGCUACUUCUUCCCCUGCGCCCAGCUGGACGUGGCCCUCAUGGACAGCGCGGCCCAGCGCUACGUGGGCACCCACGACUUCCGCAACCUCUGCAAGAUGGACGUGGCCAACGGGGUGCUCAACUUCCAGAGGACGAUCCUCAGCGCCAGAGUGACAUGGGUGGACGGGGGAGGAGAAGCCAGGCCACGGGAUCCCUUCCGGCUGUGCCAGUUCGAGGUGACGGGGCAGGCGUUCCUGUACCACCAAGUCCGCUGCAUGAUGGCCGUGCUCUUCCUCAUCGGGCAGGGCAUGGAGAGCCCAGAUGUCAUUGAUGAGCUGCUGAACGUGGAGAAGAACCCCCGGAAACCACAGUACAGCAUGGCGGUCGAGUUCCCCCUGGUCCUGUACGACUGCGAGUUCCCAGACCUGCAGUGGCUCUACGACCCAGAGGUGCAGGGCUUCAACGUGACACACUUGCAGCAGCUCUGGGCCAGCCACGCCGUCAAAACCCACGUGCUCCGGGACAUGUUGGCAGGGCUGGAUGCUGCUCCCAUGGCCACAGCAAAAGAUCCAGGGAGCAGCCUGGUGCCCUGGGGUGAGCUGCAGCCCCCGCUGCACAGCCACAUCAGCGGCUUCGUGGAAGGGGUGCAGGCCCGCACCUACAAGCCGCUGCUGGCCCGGCCCAGGUGCGAGGGGCUGGAGGCGCGGAUCGAGCACUUCGUGCGGAGGGGCCGCAUCGAGCCGCCCCGGGGCUGCGGCGAGCCCCCCGCGGGCAAGCGCGGCAGCAGCGCCGCCCCCGAGCAGCUGCCCAAGAGGAUCUGCGCGGACCCCGAGUGACGGGGCACCUCGGCGUGGGGCAGCUGACGCCUCACCCUUUUUAAAAUGCCUGCUAUUGAAAAAAAAAAAGGUGUUUUUUCAGUGCUAUUUUUUAUAAAUCUCAAGAGAACCGGC